UUUUUGUUGUGUUGCAUAUUGAUUCAAUUCAAGAAUGAUUGAAAAUGUUGAUCUGAUUUUUAAUUAUGGGGGACAAUGGUUUCGAAAACCACAAUUGGUAUACCAUAAAAAAUUGUUUCACGUUUGGAGAGCUUACGAAGUUGACUUGCUGUCUUAUAUUGAUGUAUGUAGAGAAUUUAAAGAAAAAUUAGCUUUUAGCGAAGUACGACAUCUUCUAUUUACAGCCCCAUCUGGUGGUUUUUAUGUGAUCGAGGGGGAUGAAGGCAUUAGAAUUCUUCAGAAUAUACUAUCUGACAAUUUCAAGGUAGUGAACUUUUUUGCAGUAGAUAACUCUGAAGAGGAGCUUGGGUUAGUUCCAAACAUUAGUCAUUACCAUAAAAGUGACAAUGUUAUAGAAGUUGGAACAGAUUGUGAUGGUAGUGAGGAAGAGGAAAAUGGUGAAACUAUGUCUAGCGAAUAUGAUAGUGAAGAGCUGGAGAUUUAUAAAAAGCAAAAACAACUUGAUAUCAAUGAAACGUUAGACAAGUACAAGGAUUUGGAGUAUGGUAUGACCUUUAGCAAUCUCAAAGAAGCUAAACAAGUUAUUGACUUCUAUGCUGUUGCAAAUAAGAGGGAUAUUAGAGUAAAGAAAAGCGACAAAGGUAGAGUUACUUAUUGUUGUGUUCUUGAUUGUCCCUUUCGAUGCUCGAUUUACAAGGAUGGGAGAGAUCAAGGUUUUAAGAUCAAGACCUUGAAUCAGGAACACACAUGUUAUGAGACUNCGAUUCAAGAAUGA